CGAAUAUAGCGACAUUUUUUAGAUUUUCAGUUUUGUUUUCCUAAUAUAAAGGAAAAACUAUCGCACAUUUUCAUCUGGGUUCGUUUUUAUCGAUUAUUUUGUACACGUUUCGUUUCACGUCGUCCAAAUUGUCUGAAAUUACACCGUAUUUCAAGUGAUCUUCUUAGUGGAAUGUUCUAGAAUCGUUCUGUAGAACAUUUUAAAUUUCGCGGGCAGGAUGUGACGUAAAUUUUAAUAGACUCCAUUCCAUUUCAGUAAAUUUUUCAUGUUCAAACCAAAUCCAUCGCUUUCUAAAGAGUGCCGACCGCCCGUUUCUGCUUCAUUAUUGGCUAAAUUUGAAUCGCCCGCUCGAAAAGGCGGCCAUCUUGUGUGACGUGCAAAUGCGCAGUAGUACUGCUACGCUAUCGCCGUUGUCGAUUAUUCACAAUUUACAAUAUGGCCGAGGUGUUCAGUGUGUAUAACUUGGAGUCUUAAAAGUAGUGCAACGUUAACUCUUGGAUUCUGUGAAUCGCGAUAAUUUAACCUCAAAGCGCGUGUUUAGAAGGAAUAUUAAUAAUACCGUGGAAAAGAAACGUUUUUCUUAUUCAGUUUUGUUACUUAAUUUCUUUAUCCGUGUCGGGGAACAAAAUGGCGUGUAACCUUUCCGCACUUUGCUGAUAUAUCAAGUGAAGUUCAUAUUUCUGCAUUACUACUCAACUUUUGAGAAGUUUUCUUUUGGAUUCUUGCUCGGGAAUGUGUAUACUUUACCCCAAAGAUAUUUGAUACGACCUAGUUUGUGUAUUUAUUUAGUAGUUUGGCAAAAACACUCUGCACCAUGCCCGAGAGUGGUGAAGAAUCUGACAAGUCUGGAUCAGACAGUGGGAGUUCAUCAGAUAGUCAGCAGAAUUCUGGCUCGGAUAGCGGCUCAGGAUCAUCUAGUUCAGGCUCAGGGUCGGAAAGUGGUGGUGACAAUGGUUCAGAUAAUGAGACAUUAAAAAUGAAUGAAGAAUACACUCAACAAGCUUCACAGUUCGUUUCGAGUAUUCCUGGUCCAUCAGAAGAGCAGUUUAGGUCUGAUUCGUCCAAAGACCACAACUCCGAGGAUGAAGAUUUUGAGCCGGAAAUUCGACGUUCUGCAAGAUCAAAACGCGAACCGCCGAGACCGGAUGGCAACAGUAAAAUUAGAACUAGCCGCGAUGAAUGGAAAUAUAAUGAUGCCAGCUCUUCGGAGUCAGAUAGUGAGAGAGAACGUCCGCCUCCAAGCAAACGCGUAGGCGCAAGAUCCCGAGCUACUGCUCAAAAACGGAUCGUAACUAGGAAAACUAGAUAUAGUUCAGAUGAAUCUACUGAUGGAGACUCGGAAGACGAAAAACGUCGAACGGUUUCCAGACGAACAGCAGCCGCAGUUAGUUACAAAGAAGACAGUGAAGAGAAAACUGAUUCUGAAGAUUUAGUUGAAGUUGACCCAUCAGAGCUAAUUGAACCAGUCACGGAAGAAAAAUGUGAGACCAUUGAACGAGUUUUAGCACAACGGCGAGGAAAGAAAGGAGUUACUGGAAAUAUAACGACCUGCUACUAUGUUGAGGAACACGGGGAUCUAAAUGCAGACGUAAAUCCCAAUGAUUAUGAAAAUACCGAAUAUCAAUUUUUAAUAAAAUGGAAAGAUUGGGCGCACAUUCACAACACAUGGGAAUCUGAGCAGACUCUUAAGGAACAAAAAGUUAAAGGGAUCAAAAAGUUAGACAACUAUAUGAAAAAAGAUGCCGAAAUACAAAAAUGGAUCAGCUACUCAACGCCGGAAGAUGUUGAAUAUUAUGAAUGCCAAUUGGAAUUGUCGCAAGAGCUUCUGAAAAGUUAUAAUGAGGUGGAAAGAAUAAUUGCCAUGUACAAUAAACCAGACGGAGGUACUGAUUUCUUUGUGAAGUGGGAGAGUUUAUCCUAUGCCGAGUCUACUUGGGAAGACUCUUUAUUGAUUCACAGAAAAUGGCCGCAAAAAGUCCAGGAGUUUCAGGGACGUGAACAAUCAACAAAAACCCCUACAAAACAUUGUAAAGUGCUAAAAUACCGCCCUAAAUUCCACGAGGUCAAAAGUCAGCCAGAAUAUAUGAUGGGCAAGGAAAACGCAUUAGUUCUACGAGACUAUCAAAUUCAUGGACUGAAUUGGAUGAUUCAUUCAUGGACUAAGGAAAACUCUGUUAUUUUGGCAGACGAAAUGGGUUUGGGGAAAACGAUACAGACAAUAUGUUUUCUUUACUAUUUAUUUAAUACCCAUAACCUUCAUGGGCCAUUCUUAUGCGUGGUACCCCUUUCCACGAUGACCUCUUGGCAAAGAGAAUUUGCCCAGUGGGCUCCUGAAUUGAACUUCGUCACUUAUUUAGGAGACGUACAAUCACGAGAAAUUAUUCGUCAAUACGAAUGGUGUUACGAUGGUUCUAAAAGGCUUAAAUUCAACGCAAUUUUGACUACCUAUGAAAUUGUUCUUAAGGAUAAAGCCUUUUUGGGAAGUCUAAGCUGGGCAGUUUUGCUAGUGGAUGAAGCUCAUCGGCUGAAAAAUGAUGAUUCGUUGUUAUACAAAGCUCUUAUGGAAUUUCAUACUAAUCAUCGCCUUUUAAUCACCGGGACUCCUUUGCAAAACAGCUUGAAGGAACUGUGGGCGCUCUUGCAUUUCAUCAUGCCAAAUAAGUUUGUGACGUGGGAAGAAUUCGAAAAAGAUCAUGAACAUGCAUCUACAAAGGGCUACUCAAAACUCCAUAAGCAGUUAGAGCCAUUUAUUCUGAGAAGAGUAAAAAAAGACGUAGAGAAAUCGUUACCCGCUAAAGUAGAACAAAUUCUUCGAGUUGAAAUGACUUCAAUUCAAAAGCAGUAUUAUAAGUGGAUUUUAACGAAAAAUUACAACGCUUUACGGAAAGGUGUGAAAGGUUCAUCAAACACUUUUCUGAAUAUUGUCAUUGAGCUUAAGAAGUGUUGCAAUCAUGCUUUUUUGACGAAACCAUCAGAAGCUGAACCACAAUACACUUGUCAAGAUAAAUUGCAAUCUUUAUUGAGGGGUUCAGGAAAGUUGGUUUUACUAGACAAGCUGUUAAUUCGGCUUAAGGAAACAGGACAUCGAGUGCUAAUAUUUUCUCAGAUGGUGCGUAUGUUGGACAUUUUGGCCGAAUAUCUACAGUUACGACAUUUUCCAUUCCAAAGAUUAGAUGGUAGCAUUAAAGGAGAUAUUAGGCGCCAAGCAUUGGAUCAUUUUAAUGCUGAUGGCUCUCCAGAUUUUUGUUUCCUCCUGUCUACGCGUGCGGGAGGUUUAGGUAUCAAUUUGGCGACAGCCGAUACGGUGAUAAUUUUUGAUUCCGACUGGAACCCUCAAAAUGAUCUGCAAGCUCAAGCAAGAGCACAUAGAAUCGGUCAGAAAAACCAAGUCAAUAUUUAUCGAUUGGUGACAGCUCGAAGUGUCGAAGAAGAGAUAGUAGAACGCGCCAAACAGAAAAUGGUCUUAGAUCAUUUAGUUAUACAGAGAAUGGACACUACGGGUAGAACCGUUCUGAAUCAGAAAGCAUCUACCAAUAAUAACCCAUUUAACAAAGAAGACUUAACAGCAAUUCUGAAAUUUGGCGCAGAAGAAUUGUUUAAAGAUGAAGAUGUUGAUGAAGAGCCUAAUUGUGAUAUAGAUGAAAUUUUAAGAAGAGCUGAGACUCGGGACGAAGCCCCGUCAAUGGUUGGAGACGAGUUACUCUCUGCUUUCAAAGUGGCUAGUUUUGCAGCUUUUGAUGAAGAUGCCACUCCUUCUCCAGUACGAACGAAAAACGAGAAUGACGAAGAAAGUAAAGAUUGGGAUGAAAUUAUCCCGGAAAACCUCAGAAAGAAAGUCGAGGAUGAAGAAAGGAAUAAAGAAAUGGAAGACUUGUACUUGCCACCGAGAAAUAGAAAAACACUUCAGCAGAUUAAUCAGUCAGAGAGCGAUGGGGACGGCGCAGAACACAGGAAAACGAACAAAAAGGAAAACGAUGAAUCCGGAUCCAGUAUAGAGGGUGAGGAAUCAGAUGAUGAGAGACCAAAAAGGCGUGGGCGUCCACCUGUAGGGAACCGCGAAAAAAUUAAGAAUUUUACUGACGCCGAAAUUCGCAGAUUUGUAAAAAGCUACAAAAAAUUCAGUGCUCCUUUAAAACGUUUGGAAGCCGUAGCGUGCGAAGCAGAAUUACAAGAAAAACCAUUGGCAGAAUUACGGAAACUGGGCGAACUGCUUCAUGAACGCUGUGUAGCAUACAUGAAUGAACAGAGCAAAGAGAAUAACGACGCGAACAAUGCCGAUAAUCAAGGCAAAAAACGGAUAAGAGGACCUUCUUUCAAGCUCGGCGGUGUAUCAGUUAACGCAAAAACUAUGAUGCAGUGCGAAGAAGAAUUAGCAGCCCUUGAUGAACUUUUACCAACAAAUGAAGAUGAAAGAAAUAAAUGGAUGCUUGAGGUCCGGACGAAACCCGCCCAUUUCGAUGUUGAAUGGGGUGCAGAAGAAGAUUCAAAACUACUGAGAGGCAUUUAUGUCUAUGGUAUUGGAUCUUGGGAGCAAAUAAAGCUUGAUCCCUCUCUCAAAAUUGGUGAUAAGGUCCUGUUGAACGAGGAUAAGAAACCGCAGGCGAAGCACUUGCAGUCUCGAGCUGAGUAUCUGUUGAAGCUAUUAAAGAAGCAACUCGAUCCUAAUAAAAAGGUUCAAAAACCUAAAAGACCUCGAAAAGCUAAAGAGAUUAAAGACGCGAAAUCUAAGGAAAUAGUUGAUAAUGAUUUUAGCUCCAAUGAUGAAUCGACAUUACAUAGUAGCCAGAGUGUGAGUAGUUCGACAGCGAAAAAGGUUAAAGUACCCGUUGUCAAAAAAGAAAUUAAUAAUGACAAAGAUGCCGAAGACGUUGCAAUUAAAAAGGAAAAGAAAGAAAAGAAGAAGGCCAAGAAAGAAAAGAAGAGUGCUGGACCGAUGCAUUUCACUGCUAAUAAUGAACCAAAAGCCAUCAACGUGUUAGGAGACUUGGACCCUGCAAUUUUCACCGAAUGUAAAGAGAGAAUGAGACCAGUGAAAAAAGCUUUAAAAGCUUUAGACAACCCUGAUCAGUCAAUGACGGAAAGUGAACAAGUCCAACAUACUCGGGAAUGUCUCAUUCAGAUUGGGGAACAAAUCAAUACUGUGUUAGGUCAAUACACUGAUGCUGAAAAAAUCAAGGAAUGGAGAAGUAAUUUGUGGUACUUCGUGUCGAAGUUCACAGAAUAUGACGCAAAAAAGUUGUAUAAGCUUUAUAAAAAAGCCAAAGCAAAGGAUGCUAAGAAAGCGGAGAAAAAAGAAAAAUUGGAAAAGAAGGAUCGAAAUCGUGAACAGGUUGCAUCGACUAGUAAGGAAAAGGACAGAACGCGGAAGGAUAGCGACAAAGAACCUCACUAUCAUCAUCAUCACAAAAGGAAGCACGAACCAGAGGAAAAUAAUGAGAGAGAGGAAAGGCCGACUAAGAAACAUCGGGAUGGCACUGAAAAAGAAAGACGUGAGAAACAUCCAGAUAAAGACCGUAAGCGAAAUCGAGAAGAGAUCAGCACUGAAGAGGAAGGGGAAUAUCGAUACAAUCGUCAUAGAACGGCACCGACUUUCAGGCAUACUGCUCCCCCCGUGCAUUUGGAACAUGAAAGAUGGUCUGCUACUGGACUCCCUAGAGAACGGUUUCCCGGCGAGCAUCCCAAAAGGCCAUUUAGUGAUUAUCCAAGAGUUCCAGGAUAUCACAGAGGAGAGCGCGACUACAACCGUGGAGACAAGCGGUCGCCUGAUGGUAAGAUUGAUUGGCGCGGUUACUCCCGAGAACCAAGAGGACUGCUUCCAUUAAGCAUGAACCAAAGACAAUUCUAUGCAGGAGGUUUCCCUCCUGGAAUUCCUCCAAUAUACCCACCAGAUGGGAGGUUUAGUACUGGAGAGUGGCGAACUGCUGACAGAGAUUACUACAGAAGCCGACCACAGUGAAAGCAAUUAAUUUCAGUCUUAGUAUUUGCAAUACUAGGAGAGACUGUCCUAUAAGUCUGAUAAAAUGACAUAGACGCCAAUUUUAAUUAUACUCAUGUAUGCGAUAAUGAAGAUGAUUCAUGUAUAUAUUGCAACUUCAUUUUUUUUGUGGGACUUUUAGGAAUUUGGGUACAGGUUAGGACAGGCUCCCCAAGUAUGUUUGAUAAUCGCCGAAAGUAAUAUUUUUAGAGUUGUAUAGGCACUGUUUUAUAUGUGUACAGAUUUUCGACGGUUUCCAAAUUUGCAUUUUGUUUACUAUUAUUUAAAUAAAAAUGUAUAAAAUGGUUCGCUUUUAUAUAUUUUGGUUAUAUAAGCCGUACCUAUCUGCUAUUUAUAAAUCUCGGAGGAGGUACGCAUCACUACAGGGCUGUAUAGUGAGUCAGACGGCAAUUUACCAAUGUAAAAAGCACAUUACAUAUUUGUAAAUAUUUAGAAAUAGACAUAUGUUUUCGA